UGUCAGGAGCGGAUGGCCGAGGCUGGGCCCGGCUCGGAGCGGGCUGUCUUCGCCGAGGACCGCUUGACGUUUCGCUCGCGCGCUUCGGCUUCCUGAGCGAGCCGACGCGGGAAGGAAAAGAAUUUGAGACUGCUGCCAGCGCGAUAAUGCACCAUGGGACUGGUCCACAAAAUGCACAGCGCCAGCUCCAGCGGUCCCGUUCCUUCACCGGCAGCGAGGGGGAAGAUCAGCAGGCAAACCUACCACAGUCUCCAGCGCCUUCCUUUGCUCCUUCCGCAAGUCCUUCUGCGCCUCAGUCUCCCAGUUACCAAAUCCAGCAGUUUAUCAUGAGCAGAAGCCCAGUAGCUGGGCAGAACGUGAACAUCACCUUGCAGAAUGUGGGACCUGUUUCUACAACAAACCAGCAGAUCACGCUUACCCCAUUGCCAAUCCCAAGCCCGACAUCCCCCAGUUUUCAGUUCAGUCCUCAGCAAAGAAGGUUUGAGCAUGGGUCACCUUCCUACAUCCAGGUUACUUCCCCACUGCCACCUCAAGUUCAGUCUCAGAGCCCCACGCAGCCCAGCCCGGUGUCUGUUCAGACCAUUUCAAGCGUUCGGGCAGGUACCCCAGGGCCUGGCUUGGGGAUGUGCAGCCAGAGUCCAACUCGUGGUUUCGUGGACGCGAGCGUGCUUGUAAGGCAGAUCAGCUUGAGCCCUUCGAACAGCGGGCACUUUGUGUAUCAAGAAGGGUCCGGCCUCACCCAGAUUGCUCAAGGUGGCACGGCUCAGGUGCAGCUUUCAUCCUCUGGCGCAUCGGCCACGGUUAGAGAACGCAGGCUGUCCCAGCCCCAUUCUCAGACUGGAGGUACUAUCCACCAUCUUGGACCUCAAAGCCCCGUAACUAGUGGAGGAAAUAUCCAACCUUUACCUAACCCUGGUCACAUUACAACAAACAACCUACCACCGCAGAUCAGCAAUAUCAUCCAAGGGAUGCAACAGCAGCAGCAAGGGCAGCCAUUGAGCAGACCCCUUGGAUUUGAUAGGACUUCUGCUGGAUUGAUAGCUGGGGUAGGUGGGCCUGCUUUUGGAAUUACAUCACCACCACCUCCCACAAGUCCUUCUCGGGCGAGUAUACCUCAAGGACUGACGAGCCUCCCUCUUGCACCGUCGGUAUGUGCCGUGGUGAAAAAAGCAAAGAAAGUGGAGGAAAUCCCGCCUGCUACUCCAGAAGCUGCUCAGAUGAGAAAACAGUGUCUGGAGCACCACCUCAAGCAAAUGGAGACUUUGAAAGAUGCUUUCAAAGAGUAUUUAAUUGAGUUAUUUUUCCUGCAACACCUGCAAGGGAAUAUGAUGGAUUUCUUAGCCUUUAAGAAGAAGCAUUGCAUGCCAUUGCAAGCGUACCUUAGGCAAAAUGACUUGGAUUUGGAGGAGGAGGAGGAGGAAGAGCAGUCUGAAGUUAUCAACGAUGAGGUAAAGGUUGUGACAGGAAAGGAUGGGCAGACUGGUACUCCUGUUGCUAUAGCAACCCAGCUUCCUCCAAAUGUUUCUGCUGCUUUUUCAACUCAGCAGCAACCAUUUCAGCAGGUGCAUGCAGGGACUCCAGUAACGGGAACUGUGAAUGCCAUAGAAAUUGAAGCCUUUAAGAGACAACAGGCACUUGCAUCAGCAGAUUCGUCUAAGAGACCCCGAAUUGAAGUGGGCCGUCAUGGGAUGGUUUUUCAGCAUCCGGGCGUGGCUUCAGGAGUCCCUCUUCAACAGCUUAUGCCAACUGCACAAGGUGGAAUGCCCCCCACCCCUCAAACCGUGCAGCUGACGGGACAGAAGCAGAACCAGCAGCAGUAUGACCCCUCCAAAGGCCCUCCGGUGCAGAACGCGGCCAGCCUCCACACCCCUCCCCCUCAGCUGCCAGGGAGACUGCAGCCAGCCAACGUGCCCAUCACCUCUCUUCCGCCCGCGCUGCAGCUUGCACCGCAGACAACUCAGACGAGCGACCCUCCGGUGCAACAAGCUGCCAUUCACGUGAAGGCCCAGCCCCAAAGCGUUUCCGUCACCGCUGCUGCAGCGGCUGCUGUGUCACAUGGCCAGAUUCAGGCACCAGCUCAGCCGCAAGCGCAGCCCACAGCGCAUGUGCCGGGGCAGAUGACAUCCCAGGUGGUGCCCUCUCAGACUCCAUCCCAGCAGCAGAUCACAACUCUGGCCCGGCCCUCAUCCGACUCCAACCAAAACUCCCAGCGUCUUUCAGCAAAUGUGAUUCCUCCUACCUCAAACAACCCACCGACGUCUGUCUCCAACCCUGCCCCGCAAGCUACGCACUCAACCCAACCCAACCGGUCCUCACCAGGAACAAAUAAAUCAGCCUCUCCCGUUGCCUCCAAACCGCCAGGGUUGGCAGUGGCAGCAGCACCCAAAACCCAGAACACAGCACAGAACACCACAGCAGCCCUGCCCCAGGAUAGUGCGCACGAGAAGUUGGCUGAGCAAGUUAAGUUGGAAAACCAAGUCCACCAGCGGAUAGCGGAGCUGAGAAAGGAAGGCUUGUGGUCUCUGAGACGACUGCCCAAACUUCAGGAGGCUCCCAGGCCCAAAUCUCAAUGGGAUUAUCUCCUGGAGGAGAUGCAGUGGAUGGCAACCGAUUUUGCCCAAGAAAGAAGGUGGAAGAUGGCCACCGCAAAGAAGAUGGUCAGGACAGUGGCCCGCUACCAUGAAGAGAAGCACCUCAACACAGUGAGGGCCAAGAAGGAGGAGAGGACCAAGCUAAGGCGCAUUGCUGCUACAAUUGCCAGACAAAUAGAAUAUUUCUGGUCUAAUAUUGAACAGGUGGUAGAAAUAAAGCUGCAGAUUGAAUUUCAGGAGAAAAGGAGGAAAGCAUUAAAUUUAAAGAGACGUUCAAGGAAAGGUAAAGAUACAAGACAUUUAGAGGAUAUUCUUCUGGAAAAAGAAAACAGUUUGGGUUCAUGGUCCUCUAGAAGAAAGAGGAAGGCAAGCACAUCUCUAACAGAUGAUGAAGUGGAAGAUGAAGAAGAAACAAUUGAAGAGCAGGAAGCUAAGGAAGGGAAUGUCAACCAUCAGAUGGAGCUGUCCACGUUGGCCAAGGAAGCUGAGCUGCCUUUAGAUGAUUUGAUGAAGAUGUAUGAAGGUGCCUUUGCAGAGAACUUUCACUGGCCCCAGCCAAAGCCGGAAGAAGAGACUAGUGAAGAAGAAAUGGAAGACCGCCCAGCCGAAAGGGAAAUCCUUCAAAAGGAGGUGAUCUUGAUUGACUCCCUCCUCAGCAUCGAACAGUACAAAGGGGCCGAGAGAGUGAUGCCCGGCAAGAAACAUGGGCGAGAUAUAGCAGAAGUGGCAGCUGCGGCAGAAACCCUCUUGCCAAAAGGCAGUGCCCGGAUCACAACCGCGGUCAAAUAUAACACCCCUCCCCUCUUAUACGGCUCCCUUCGAGAAUAUCAGAAGAUUGGCUUGGAUUGGUUGGCCAAGUUGUACAAGAAGAACCUGAACGGCAUCUUGGCUGACGAAGCUGGCCUUGGGAAAACUGUGCAGAUCAUUGCCUUCUUUGCACACCUGGCAUGUAAUGAGGGGGACUGGGGUCCUCACCUUGUUGUCGUCCGAAGUUGUAACAUCCUAAAAUGGGAGCUUGAGCUCAAACGUUGGUGCCCUGGGCUGAAACUCCUGCUCUACAUUGGUAGCCAGCGAGAAUUAAGAAUGAAAAGACAGGAGUGGAUGGAACCCAACAGUUUUAAUGUGUGCAUCACCUCCUACAAGCAGCUCUUCAAAGGCCACCAAGCAUUCAUGAAGAUGCGAUGGAAGUACCUCAUUGUGGAUGAGAUGCAGCAGAUUAAGAACAUGACCGAAAAACACUGGGAGGCGCUUUUCCAUCUUCGCAGUCAGUACCGCUUACUCCUGAUCGAUACCCCUCUGCACAACACCUUGAUGGAAUUGUGGACCAUGGUGCACUUCCUGAUUCCAGGAAUCUCCAAAGCAUAUCUAGAUUUCCCAGUAAAAGCUGCCAAUGAGGAAAAUCAAGACUACUGCCAUAAGCUGGUCAUCAGACUCCACAGAAUGAUCCAGCCAUUUAUUUUGCGCAGAUCAAAAAGGGACGUAGAAAAACAGCUGACGAAGAAAUAUGAACACGUGCUCAAGUGCCGACUUUCAAACAGACAGAAAGUGAUGUAUGAAGAUGUCAUACUCCAGCCGGGGACCCAAGAUGCUCUUAAAAGUGGGCAUUUUGUCAGCGUUCUUCACGUCCUGAUGCAACUGCAGAAGAUCUGUAACCAUCCGGAUCUGAUAAACCCUCGGCUGUCCAGUUCGUCUUACGUUUCGGAGGUGUUGCAGUACACAACUGCCUCACUGGCCUUAAAAGCACUUGAAAACAACCUAUGGAAGGUUGCAGACUUGAGUCUCUUUGACUUGAUUGGGCUUGAGAAUAAAAUGACGCGGUAUGAAUCGCAAGUGGUGCCCAAGCACAAAAUAACCCGGAAGCUUAUUGAAGAGAUUUACGCCUCUCCGCUGCCACCUCCCAGGCCGAACCCCGUAAAGCUGAAGCCAAACAGGUUGUUUCAACCUGUCCAGUAUGGACAAAAGCCAGAAGGCAGGAUGGUGUCCUUUCCCAGCACCCAAGUGCAACGUGCGACAUGCGCGGCUACCGUUGCUCAACAGGCCCAUGUCCGAGGAAGAUCCCCCAUGACUACGGUAUCUGCAAACCAAGCCGCCGCCGUCUCCUCUGCUGCAGCCGCACCUCAGUUGCAGACAGCCCCGUCUUCCUCCAGUGCUCCUCCACCUCCUCCUCCUCCUCUUCCUCUUCCUCCUCCAAGACAUCAGCCAGCAAUGACCUUCACCACAGCAACUAGCCCAGCCCAUCCUGUGAAACUGCGGGGCCAGGCUAGCACCCAAGGCCUCCAGCUAGGGCAGGCCCACCCACCGGCCCCCUCCCACACCAUCCAACAGAGUGUCCUGCCUCAGAGGCUCGUGUUGACCUCUCAGGCACAGGCCCGGUUACCUAGUGGUGAAGUGGUCAAAAUAGCCCAGCUGGCUUCCAUUGCAGGGGCACAGGGCCGGAUCACGCAGCCAGAGACGCCAGUGACGCUCCAGUUUCAGGGGAACAAAUUCACUCUGUCUCACAGCCAACUCCGCCAGCUGACCGCAGGACAGCCACUGCAACUGCAAGGCAGCGUCCUGCAAAUUGUUUCAGCUCCUGGGCCCCAAUAUCUCAGGCCUCAGGGCCCUGUGGUGGUGCAGACAGUGCCUCAGGCUGGGGCUGUUCAAAAUGCUCUGAACGCACUAGGGAAUCAGCAUCCAGUGGGUUUGCAGACUUCGGCAGGAACACAGCCAGGAAGAAUUCUGGGUGCUAAUUUAGCAUCGGGGGACUCUGCUUCAUCAUUAAAAUCUGGCAUUCAUGGAGGACACUCACAGGAGUCGUUUGAGGAAAAAAACAGGCUUCUGAAAGAGCGUUUAGACAGGAUCUUUUCUUGCAAUGAACGUCGUUGCUCCAGAGCACCAGUGUAUGGAAAGGACCUUCGUAGAAUUUGUUCUCUGGUGGGCAACUCUAACACAGCCCCUCAGUUUUCCACUGCAGCCAGCAAAUGGAGCUGGGCUGGUUUUGUAAACUGCUGCCUUUCCAAAGAUCGCCAGGAGCCUCUCCGAGGGCUGACAUGGAUGCUGGAACAGCAACAGGAAUCUUUGAGGGACACCAUCAAUAGGGUGCUCUGCGUGUUACCUGCCGCUGUGGCUGCUCCUCCAUCUUUGCACGUGGUGAGGCUUCCCCCUGUUUAUAGCCAUCAAAUGAAACUCCUCCGGCACAACCUGAAAGAGAAGGUGUUGCCUUACUUGAAUCAGCUGCGUCAGCUGACCGUGCCCCGACUGCUUCCGUUCCCUGACCUCCGUCUGAUACAGUACGAUGCAGGGAAGUUGGAAGCCCUGGCAGUUUUACUCCAGAAGCUGAAAUCCGAAGGACGAAGGGUGCUGAUUUUGUCCCAGAUGAUGCUCAUGUUGGACAUUUUGGAACUAUUCCUGAAUUUCCACUUCCUCACCUACGUGAGAAUUGAUGAGUGUGCUAACCAGGAAGAGCGCCAGGAGCUGAUGAAAACCUUCAACCGAGACAAGCGACUCUUCUGCGCCAUUCUGUCUUCCCACAGUCGCUCCACAGGUGUCAGCCUGGUGGAAGCUGACACCGUUGUGUUUUACGACAAUGACUUAAACCCAGUGAUGGAGGCUAAAGCUCAGGAGUGGUGUGAUAGGAUUGGCAGGUGCAAGGACAUCCACAUUUACAGGCUUGUCAGCGGGAACUCUGUAGAAGAGAAACUCUUAAAAAACGGUACUAAGGAUUUGAUCCGAGAAGUCGCUGCGCAGGGAAACGACUAUUCCAUGGCCUUUUUAACGCAGCAAACCAUUCAGGAACUUUUUGAAGUUCACUCGCCAAUGGAAGAUUCGGGCUUCCGGGUGAAAGCCGAAGAAUUUGUCAUGCUUUCUCAAGAGCCUUCUCCCACAGAAACCAUAUCUCCCAAAGUCGCCAGGCCCUUUAUAGAGGCUCUCAAAAGUACAGAACGAGAGGAAGAGGAGAAGGAGGAGGAAGAGGAGGUGGAAGAGGACGAGGAGAACGAGGAAUGGAACCCACACGUUUUGGAUGGGGAGACCGAGGCGGUGUUGAAACCUCUCGUUUCAGAACUCGGGAAGGCCCAAUAUCUUGAGGAGCCUUCUCUGCUGCAGGAGCUGGUGGCUGUUGUAGAUCAGCUCACCCCAAUUGAAAAGUAUGCUCUGAAUUAUUUGGAGUUCUUUCGUAUUUCUGCUGAUGAGAAUGAAUCAAAAGAAAACAAGGUGGAAGUGAGAACGGCAAAGAAGAUGUGGGAGACUCAUCAUCUGAAAGAACUGAAAGAGCAAGAGGAGAAAAUGCUUCUGCAGGGGGAAGAGGAAGACCUUUUCACUUACACCCGGGAAGAUGCAUAUAACAAAGAAUAUUUUUAUGAAGGACCAGAUGGACAAACUGAAAUAAUGCCACUUUGGACUCCACCCACCCCACCUCAGGAUGAUAAUGAUAUUUACAUCGACUCGGUCAUGUGUCUGAUGUAUGAGGCGGUUCCCAUCCCAGAGUCAAAGCUGCCUCCCGUGUACGUCAGGAAGGAGCGCAAGCGGCACAAGACAGACCCUUCCACUGUAGGAAGGAAGAAGAAGCAGCGUCAUGGAGAAAUGGUCAUCCCCCCUCGUUCCCUCUUUGACCGUGCCACUCCGGGGAUGCUGAAAAUGCGACGGGAGGGCAAGGAGCAGAAGAAGAACCUCCUCCUCAAGCAGCAGACCCCAUUCGCCAAGCCCCUGCCCACCCUUGUCAAGCCAGCUGCGGAGGCUGGCCAGGACAAUCCUGAGUGGCUGAUCAGCGAAGACUGGGCUCUCCUCCAGGCCGUCAAGCAGCUGCUGGAGCUCCCGCUCAACCUGGCCAUCAUGUCCCCCGCCCACACGCCCAACUGGGACCUCGUGAGCGACGUGGUGAACUCCUGCAGCCGGGUUUACCGCUCCCCAAAACAGUGCCGCAACCGCUACGAAAACGUCGUCAUCCCCCGCGAAGAAGGGAAGCUUAUGUAUGAAGCGACCCCUAAGAAGAAGACAAAAAGCAUUUAUAAGACAAAGAACAGUCGCCCGCUUCGAACCAACCAGCUGUACGCUCAGGACGAAGGUGCAUCGCACACCCAUCUUUACACAAAUCAUUUUGAGAUCAUGAAAAUGAUUGCUGGGAAGAGAAGCCCACCCAUCAAACCCUUGCUCGGCAUGAACCCUUUCCAGAAGAAUCCAAAACACACUUCAGUCCUUGCGGAAAGCGGCAUCAACUAUGAUAAGCCACUGCCUCCCAUUCAAGUUGCGUCUCUCCGAGCAGAACGCAUCGCGAAGGAAAAGAAGGCUCUGGCAGAGCAGCAGCGAGCACAACAACAAGCCACCCCACAGCAGCAGCAGCAGCAACAGCAGCAGGCCGGGCCCCAGGCAGCUCAGCCCAUGGCGGGACAGCAGGUGCAAGCCCCGCCCCAAGUUCCAGGCCAAGGCAUUCAGCCGCCCCAAGCCGGGCUGCAGGCGGCCGUGACCACCGUGGCAAACACGGCCGUGCUGGCUGGCACCAUGAAACCCACAGUGACUGGUACAAACAUACAGACAGCCACCGUGAGCGUCAACACCAUGGCUGGUGUCCCUGCAACUACAUUUCAACCGAUCAACAAGCGGUUGGCUUCACCCAUUAUACCCGGGACACUGGCGACCUCAGGGGCAGGAACCACCACUGCCCAGGUGGUACACCCCCAGCAGAGAUCCACCGGGACGUCAGCUGCCUCUGCAGAAUUGGUGACCCUUGCGUCUACGCCUGGAGUUCGAGCGGUGACUUCUGUGACAGCCUCGGCCGUGGUGACCACUAAUCUGACCCCAGUCCAGACCCAGCCAAGAUCUUUGGUCACUCAGGUCACGCCAGCUGCUCCAGCAAGCGUGCAGCUGUCAGGAAAGACCAUCCCCCAAAAUCACUUCCAGCUCCUGCGCCAGCAGCAGCAGCAGCAACAACAGGCAGCAGGACAAGUCCAGGUUCCCCAGAUCCAGGCCCAAGGGCAGGCCCCAUCACAACCCCAGAUUAAGACCGUAGGCAAGAUAUCGCAGGAGCAGCUCAUCAAGUUCCAGAAGCAGAAGAUGCAGGCGGCUCAGCAGCAGGCCCCCCAGCCGCAGGGGCCCCCUGGAGCACAGCAGCAGGCAGCCCAGGUCCAAGUGCAGCAGCAGCAGCAGACCCAGCAGCUCACUGCAGUCGCGGCCUCCAGGCCAGGCGCGGUCCUUGCUGGCACCACGGUCACCAACCUCCAGGUCGCCCGACUGACUCGUGUUGCUGCUUCUCAGCUUCAAGCCCAAGGCCAGAUCCAGGCCCAGACGCCUCAAGCAGCCCAGGUCGCUUUGGCCAAGCCGCCCGUGAUGUCCGUUCCAGCUGCCGUGGUGUCAUCGGCAGGGGUCACCGCCCUCCCUGUUACCGUUGCUGGAAUAAGCGUGGCUAUUGGGCAGCCGCAGAAAGCAGCAGGAGGACAGGCAGUGAUGGCUCAGCCGCUGCACGUCCAGCAGUUUUUGAAGGUGAAGCAAGCUCAGCACCACCAGGCAGCCCAGCAGAAGGUCAUCCAGCCGCAGGUGGCCCAAGGACAGGCAGGUGUUCAACAGAAGAUAAACGCCCAGCAGGUCACCGUCCAGGCCCAGCAGUCAACAUCUCAGCCACAGAAAGUCUAUGCCACGCAGCCAGCCAUCAAAGCCCAAUUCCUACCAACGCCGAUUUCUCAGGCUCAGAAGCCUGGCGGGACGCAGCAGGUCCAGACCCAAAUACAGGUUGCAAAGAUCCCACAGGUGGUCUCCCAACAAGCAACGGUGGCUAACAUCCAGCAGGUGGUUUCAGUUUCCCAACAGGUUCAAGCUCAGCCUCAGACAGUAACGUUGUCCCAGACCACAGCGGGGCAGCACCAAGUCCAGGUCAUCCCGGCCACCACUGCAACGGCUCAGGUCGUUCCCCAGAAACUGAUCCAGCAGCAGGUGGUCACGACGGCCUCCCCCCAGAUUCAAGCUUCCGUCGUGCAAAACCCCGCCCAGGCUCCCACCCCAUCCGACGGGCAGGGUCAACAAGCGAAGGUGCAGAUGAGAGCCCCUGUCAGAUUAAAGGCUCCGAACAAGCCCAGCUGAACCUGCAACUCGGUGGCCGCAAGCCAGGGAGGCAGAUAAGAGGCAGGCUCUUCCAGAGACCCUUCUUUUGCAAAACCUCCUCUCGUCCACACCGGAAAGGGCUUGCUCGCGUGCCGUUCGCCUGCUCCAAACACCUCGCCUGCGAACUGAACUGCUCUACUUCUCAGAGAGAUCCGUGGUUUCGAACCCAACUCCAAAGAGAGGCCGUUCUUUCAAGCCCUCCGUUAGCCCAACCGCUCCACGACUCUCGCUGCCCUUUGGAUGGAAACCACGAGGUUGCUUUUCCAAGGCUGGCAGAAAGGCCCAUCGUAUCCGUCAUCCCCGCCAGAAGGAAAACCUUUUGGCUGGGGAGGGGUGCAGAGCCGGACGAUGUCCAGGCCGUGCUUGUCCAAGGGGGGAGGCGGGAGGAUUUGCCAGAAGCACUCCUUGCUGCGUUUAGCCAAUAAAUGUGAAGAUUUGUAAGUAUCUGUAAUUAUGCAUCAUAUUUCAGUUGCCAUUUUGGGGUAAGCCUUUUUUAAAAGAAACAAAAAUAUCGGCUCGUUGCGUGUCGGUUUGUACGGGGAGCAGUUUUGCUUACUCUGUAUGUGUGUUUGUGCGUUUGUGUUAUUUUUCCUUUUGUUACAGAGAGCUCUUAUCUUUUCAGCGUUUGCUUCCCCGUUUCACGGUUUAAGAUAAUAAAUGUAUUAGAUAUGUGGUUGGUUUGUUUUUUAAAAAAGAUAUUACUAUUAUGUGACGGUAACUGUGUAUUUAAUUGUAGUCCACCAUUUCUCAGCCCCUUCUUUUUCAUUGGUAAAAAGAAAAUGUUUAAUUGCUAAUCCAAUGUUUUGUUCUGGUUUUUGGUGUGGCUUCCGCACUGAAGGAAAUUUGGCUCAUCCGUUUCCAGCACUGUUUUGGCCCUUAUUUUUCCGCAGGCUGUUUUAAAAGUUCAGGUAUGUUUCUGUUUGGGAAGAACAGAGGAGGGAGACAUUCAGGCAAGCCAUUUGGGCGAAGAGUAAAAUCUCCAUUUUUUGUUAAGAGAGAGAGAAUCAGCACCAAAAUCUUCAACAUAUUUUGCAGACGAUUCUAAUGUUCAAUUUUCAUGUAAUUAAGCAGUUUGGAACAACAGCUUCCUUCUUUUUUUGUUGUUGUUUAAGGAAGAUGUCUUUGCCAUGAACUUAUAGGUUAUAGGUUUAUAUGUUUUAGCUAAAAUGCACAAUGGUGCAGCAGAGUGGCACUGAUGCCAAGCUUCUGGAUGAUACAGAUGUCUGUCCUAUCUCCAGACAUUGCAAAAUUGAGAUCCAGGAAACACUGUCAUCUCUACUCUUUUGAACAGGCAGAAUUAUUUCCUACCCCUUGUUAUUGCUUACUGCUCUUACAGUGACAUGUCCUUUCUAUUUGGAGCCUCCAUUUUUAGAGAUGGUAUGCUUUUUAAAAUUUAAAAAAAAAAUUACCUGUGUUUGUACAUGAGGGAAGGUAGACGUCAUUGGGUUUCUCUUCCCACAAACCCAUUUUAUACCACAGACUUGUAUUUUAUCAUUUUGUCUCUGGGAAAGAGCUGCUAGGGCAUAGUUUGCUUGAAAGCCAAGACAUUUCGUGGAAGCUGUUUGGUCUUGAGAGUUUCCACAAGAGUUGACUCUUGGUGUAUUACUGCACCCAUAUGAAAGGUAUCCUGUCACUCUUCUUCCCAUCUGCCAUACCAAACUGCAAGUAGUCCUAAUUUUGCUUCUAAAAAUGCACAAAUCUUCAUUACGUGUGUACAAGGCAGUAGGCUACCGAUGAAUUAUAUAUGCAUAAAGAAACAACCCCAUCACCAAUAUUAAUUUCACUGUCCCAGUUGUAUGUCAAGAAGCAAUGUCUGAUUUCCACGGAGAAUGCAAAUUAGAUGGUUCCUCAUUUCUGAUGGCCUCUCCCUUUCUUCCCUUUCUCCAAGGACCUUGAUAAACUGACUUGUAAAUAUCUUUAUGAACAUAAAAAUUUGUACUUGACCUGUAGGAUUGGAAGGAUUUGUGUUGUAUCUUACCUGAAAGUGUAAUAAAA